GGAGAGGAUGAAGAGGAGUCGGAUAAGUUGAACAAGUUGACAUGGACUGAUGCAUCCGUGGCUGAGUCGCUGUCCAAGUAUUGUGUUUUAUUGCAUCUCCAAGCUGCAAGUGUUGACGCCACAAACUUCUCUGCUAUAUACCCAUACUCUUCUGUUCCUUGUAUAGCUGCCAUUGGAUUCAGUGGUACACGAGUUUGGAAAAAUGAGGGAUUUAUUCCUGCUGAAGAUCUUGCAUCCAGUUUAGAGAAGGCGUGGCUGGGACUUCAUAUCCAGGAAACAACUGCAAGUAUCUUUUCAGCAGCACUUGCAUCACAAGUACCUACUUCUAUCCCUUCUAAUGUUGUCUUGCCUUCUGAAGAAGGCAGUACUUCAGAUACAAUGGCUGCAUCUCAAUCAACUGGAACAAGUCUCCAACCCUCAGAGAGAAAAUCAACGGUGACAUCUGCAUCAACCAAAGAAAAGAAUGAUGGCACAGCUGCAAUUAAGGUCAAACAAUCUGCUGAACCCAGUAAUCAGCCAGCAUCUUCUGUUCAGGCAGAAAAGGAACCCGUUCGUCAUGCAGCCCCAAGACCAGAUGAUGAUAUUACAUCCAAAUCUUCUACAGAUAGAAAAAGGAAACAAGAAACGGUGAUAAGCAAAGCUGAAAGGGAUAUUAUUAAUUUACCAAAAUCUGUAGCUACAAAAGAGAUUGUAAAGGCUAAGGAUGAAGGAGGAGAGGAUGGAGAAAGUUGGAAACCACCAUCUGAUGUUCACUUAAACAUUCGUUUACCCGAUGGUGCUAACCUUCAAGAGAAGUUUUCUGUAACAAGUACAUUGAGAAUGGUCAAGGACUAUGUGAACAUCAAUCAAACAACAACCGAACUAGGUGGUGCUUAUGAUCUUGCUGUUCCUUACCCUCGUAAGGUUUAUAGUGACCAAGAUCUUGAUAAGUCUCUGUCCGAGUUGGAUUUGCUCGGUAGACAAGCACUUAUAGUAGUUCCGAGGAAAAGAGCAACCGUAUAUCAAAGAGGACCAUCUUACUCUGAGCCUAACAACAACACAGACACUAACAGUGGCGGUUACUUUGGUUAUCUUAGAAGAGUACUCUCUUAUGCAAACCCAUUUUCAUAUUUUGGCGGUGCAUCAAGCUCUGCUCCAGAACCUCGAGGCAGUAUGGAGUACAUGCCGGUUGCGUCCAAUGCAGAGGUGAGAAACAAUGUGGCGCAAGCGGGCUCAGAAGGUAGGGGAAACGUUAGGAACAGGAGACCAACCACAUCUAGGAUUGGAAGUAACAUCCACACGCUGAGACACGAUGAAGAAGACGCUCCGUUUGGUGAUGGAAACGCGUUUUGGAAUGGGAACUCCACACAGUAUGGCGGUGAAAGCGGUGGUGGAGACAGUAAUGAUAGACGAUGAAAUAAGACAGCUUGAGCUCUGUUUGGAUCUAGUGCUGCAACAGAAACAGUUCUGAGUUACUGAACUCUUCUUAUACUUUACUCUCUUAUAUGGUUGACCAGCUACAAAAUGUUUCCUUAUGUUUCUGUUUUAUCAGUUAUAUUAAACUCAAAACUUAAAAGAUAAAUUCUA